AAUGAGGGCUUCAAGUUAGUGACUCAGGUUGGCCUGGAGUCAGGAUAGCCUUCCUGGAGGAGAUGGCCUGGGCUAAAUGUUAAGGGUGGAAAGGGAGCCAGGCAGCAGUAGCCACAUAGGAAGGCGAGGGGCGAGGCACAAUGGGGUACCCAAGGGCAUUGGGGGCUGGAGCAUGUAGGCAUUCACUGCUAUCCUUAACUAAGGGGUACACCUGUGGAAAAGCCACAGAAUGUUACGGUAAAAUGGCCCAGAAACAGUCAUGCAUCCAUCAGUGGGCCUGACCUACCCCGCCUCCCCUUGAACCUUGGAGAAUUAUUGAACAAAUACGGAUUAAACAUACGUAUCUUGUCAUUGGAAAUACAUCUUUAACUCUGGUCAGCCAGACGCUGGACACAGAACCUGGUAUCCAGUAGGCGCCCAAUGAAUGAUGCCACCUUUGUGGUUCGGAGGAGGAAGCUAACUGUCGGUGCUCGAAGGAGGGACACGGACAGCGGUUCCGGGAAUGUGCUGGGCUGGUCUAGUGUGCGCAUGCGCCGCCCCGCCCCCGGGCUCUGACUCCGCCUCCAACCCCUUCACACGUGUGCAGGGUUCCCUGAACGCACAGCGUUGUGGCGAUCUCGGAGGCUGCACGAUGACUCUGGAGGCGAUCCGCUACUCGCGGGGUUCCCUGCAGAUCCUCGAUCAGCUGCUGCUGCCCCAGCAGAGCUGUUACGAAGCGGUGGAGUCGGUGGACCGGGCCUGGGAGGCGAUUCGCGCCAUGAAGGUACGUGGCGCCCCGGCCAUCGCCCUAGUGGGCUGCCUUAGCCUAGCCGUGGAGCUGCAGGCGGGCGCCGGGGGACCGGGACUUGACGCCCUCGUAGCUUUUGUGCACGACAAGCUUAGCUUCCUCGUCACCGCCCGACCUACCGCCGUCAACAUGGCCCGCGCCGCCCGUGACCUAGCGAAAGACGCGGCCCUGGAGGCAGCGCGCGAAGGCGCUACGGAGGAGGCCGUCAGGGAAAGAGUGAUCCGCUGCGCCGAGGACAUGCUGGAUAAAGACCUCAGAGACAAUCGGAGCAUUGGGGACCUGGGAGCCCACCACCUCCUGGAGCGGGUGGCCCCUAGCAGUGGCAGAGUGACUGUGUUGACCCACUGCAACACCGGGGCACUGGCCACUGCUGGCUAUGGCACAGCUUUGGGUGUGAUCCGCUCCCUGCACAACAUGGGCCGCCUGGAACAUGCCUUCUGCACUGAGACCCGGCCCUACAACCAGGGAGCCCGGCUGACAGCCUUCGAGCUGGUCUAUGAGCAGAUCCCAGCUACCCUUAUCACAGAUAGCAUGGCUGCAGCCGCCAUGAUCCACAAGGGCGUAUCAGCCGUAGUCGUGGGAGCUGACCGUGUGGUUGCCAACGGUGACACAGCCAACAAAGUGGGCACCUACCAGCUAGCCAUUGCGGCCAAGCAUCACGGCAUUCCCUUCUACGUGGCUGCCCCCAGCUCCUCGUGUGAUCUCCAUCUCCAGACCGGCCAGGAGAUCAUCAUCGAGGAGCGCCCAGGCCAGGAGCUGACUGAUGUUAAUGGGGUCAGGAUUGCAGCACCUGGGAUUGCUGUUUGGAAUCCUGCCUUUGAUGUCACCCCACAUGAGCUCAUCACUGGUGGCAUCAUCACAGAGCUGGGGGUCUUUGCCCCUGAAGAGCUGCAGGCAGCCCUAACCACCACCAUUUCCUCAGAUAGACCACAGAUGUAAACAACUCAGCUCUCCUUACCCUGCUCUCCUCCCUCAGGUUUUAAAUAAAUUUCUGGAAUGCCCUAACCAAAA